AUGGCUGCUGCGUCAUAUAGCACCGAAAAAAGUGUGAGAACGUUAAGAAGGAAAGCAAGCUUCAUUGUAGGAGUUCCGAAACUGCCAUCGUACCAAAAUCAGCCACAGUUCAUCUCUGCAGCGCAACAGUUGACAAAUGAGGAGAAAUUGCAACGAGCCCUUUCACGUACUCAUUUCGAUGUGGUACGUACAGCUAGUUUUGGUGGUAAUCCGAGUCGUCAUCUUUUUAAAGAACCUGAUUCCAAUCGCAACUCGCUUCCACUCAGUGUGCUAUCGCUUGAUUUCGAGUGA